GUGUAGUGCUGCAGUGGAGAGAAGUGAGAGGAGACUGCAGUCCUUGCUUAUGGGAGAGAUCAGACUAUGUUACCACAGCUCUGAGGGACUGUAGCUAGCUGUAGUCAUUGCUAUUGGAUGGGUCACCUCACGAAGGGGAAUACCACAUCUGACUGGGACGCUGCACCUAGUCUUUGACAAUGAAGUUCAACUUGUUCAGAAAGCCACAGGCCGUGGCGGCCGCCGAGCCCACCGGUGCCACCACAGCGAUCAUGGCACCCACCCAGGCUUAUGAUUCCACCUCGGUGCCGGACACCUCUGGCUCCAACAACACAGAGAUCAACAAGCACGACAUGUUUGAGGAGAUCAAGAGCAAAUUCUUGAAUGAAAUUGAUAAAAUCCCAUUACCUCCUUGGGCUCUGAUCGCAAUUGCUGUGGUGGCUGCGUUGCUUAUCCUCACAUGCUGCUUCUGCAUAAUCAAAAAAUGCUGCUGCAAGAAGAAGAAGAACAAGAAAGGGAAGAAGGGCAAGGAUGGCUUCAACAUGAAGAACAUGCAGGGCGAGAUACACCAGGACGAAGAUGAUGAUGACGAAGGAGAGACCGGACUGACGGAGGAGGAGAAGGAGGAAGAGGAGAAGGAAGAAGAGAAGUUGGGGAAGCUGCAAUAUUCUAUAGAUUAUGACUUUGAAAAUGCAAAGCUCACAGUUGGCAUCCUUCAAGCUGCGGAUCUCCUAUCCAUGGACUCAGGUGGAACCUCCGAUCCUUACGUCAAAGUCCAGCUCCUACCUGAAAAGAAGAAGAAGUAUGACACCAAGGUCCACAAGAAAACACUGAACCCUGUCUUCAAUGAGACAUUUGUAUUCAAGGUGCCCUACGAGGAGCUCGGUGGCAAGACUCUGAGUAUGUCUGUUUACGACUACGACCGAUUUUCCAAACAUGACGUCAUUGGAGAGGUGAAGAUUCCCAUGAACACCAUCGACCUCGGGCGGCCGAUCGAGGAGUGGAAGGAUCUGGAGAGCGCCGAUCAAGAAGAGCCUGAGAAACUUGGAGACAUCUGCAUCUCCCUUCGUUACGUCCCUACCGCCGGGAAACUCACCGUCUGCAUCCUGGAGGCAAAGAACCUGAAGAAGAUGGACGCCUGUGGAUUAUCUGAUCCUUAUGUGAAGAUCCAGCUGCUGCAGGGGGGUAAGCGUCUGAAGAAAAAGAAGACUACAGUGAAGAAGAACACCCUAAACCCUUAUUAUAAUGAAUCCUUCAGCUUUGAAAUCCCACUGGAACAGAUGCAGAAAAUCUUAGUGGCGGUCACAGUGUUUGAUUAUGACAAGAUUGGUAAGAAUGACGCCAUUGGAAAGAUCUUCGUGGGCAGUAAGGCGACUGGCCUCGGCCUGAAGCACUGGUCCGACAUGCUGACCAAUCCGCGCCGCCCCAUUGCCCAGUGGCAUCCAUUGCAGCCAGAGGAGGAUAUAGAUGGUCAGCUGGCAUCCUUGAAUGCAAAGAAGUAACGUGCUCCACCAACCAGCUAAUGCACUAACUCAGAAAAUCCAACCCCCGCUCCCUACUUUGCAUGAAACCCAUGACUUAACACGUGACUACUCGUCAUGAAACCUGCUCAGCAAAAAAGAGACAUCUUAGAAAAUCCGCUCAUUCACGGUUAAGUCGAAACAAACUCUUUUUAAGCUUCACAUUUCACACAUUGGUGUUUGCUGGGAAGAGUGGCGUUGAGUUCUUGAGUGACUGGUCCAUGAAUGAUCGACAGUUCUUUCAUUUGAAGACAGCUCUUUCAUUUGAAGAAACUUAGAAACUGAUUCUUAGGGUGCUGACACUGAACGAAAGUCUUGGUAAAGACAAUGCUGGAUAUAAAGCUUUAGUUUAUAGGGCAUGCUUUACUUACCUCCCCGCUGCUCUGCAUAUACCACGCCCAGUAUUGUAUCUUGCUAAUAAGUGUGCUAUAACUUGCAAUAGAAAGUACUGUAGUAUUGGAUUAUUUCCUGCAUAGAGUCUGUUUAAGUCUAUAAAUGCAAAAAUAUUUAAUUAAGAAUGAAUGAGGUCAAAGUCACUGAAUGCAACGAUCCAUGUUGCAAUAUAUUUUCAAGAUAAAUCUGCAUAAAUGAUUGUCUUCGUUUAAUCAGCUCGGUAGAAUACAGUGUGGAAUAGUUGAUCUAAGUUGCUUGUUUCGUGUUGCCGUGAAGGCACGUCUAUGCAUUUAGGUUCAACACACACAUCUGUGUCCUCACACAGAUUAAAUGUAGGACAGGAAUACAAGGGUGCCUUUUCCUGAUAUGACAGAAAUACAGUAAGCUUCAUUGUUUUUAUUUUGAAGAUAAACUUUUGAAAGUCAUUCAGAAGUAGUCAAGGACACUGUGAAUGUGACAUCUGGAAUCUGUCUUGAGCUGUGUUGACAACUUGGAUGUAAAACCUUACUUAUCUUUAGAUAAAGUAAGGAUAGGAGAAGGCUUAUCAAUGAUGUUUAAACCAAUCAUGACUGUGCUUCUUUUAGAUUCUGCUCUUGUUCCCUAAAAACAGUGCCAUCUAACCCAUUUUUUGUUUUGAUACCCACUUAAAGGAUUACAUGUCUUUCUUUGACGAAUCUUGUAGUUUAGCAAACAUACUGCAGUACACUUCAAUACUUAAAAAGUUUCUGGUGAAACAAAACAAGGAUUUCUGUCAAAGACAAGAUGUUUUUAUAGAGAACUGAAUUUGAAAUGUAAGAUGUAGCUGCACUUUUUAGGAGAGCAAGAAUUCAAGUACAAAACUGCAGGUUUGUAUAAAUCCCACAGGGCAAGUGUUCCAUCAAAACAUAUAAUACAAUAAACAUAUCUUGGACAAUUUUGCUUGAACCAAAUAGAGCUGCAGAAUCUAGCAUGUAUCAUGCCUCGCAGUAUUUCAUGUUGUUUGGAUCGCUCACUCAUCGGACACAAGCUUUGUAAACCUGGAGCCAAAAUACUUGAUGGCGUUAAAACUUCACCAUAGACAUACUGUGUUAGACUGAUGUGCAGAGGUACGGAGGCAAAAAAAUAAGCCCAUGUGGAUUUAAAUCUUAUAAGCAACUCAACACCUUAUUGUAAAGUUUCAAUACUAACACAGAAUACUUUUAAUACCACUGAAUUUAUAGCAUUGUAAAAAAACAUAUUUCAAUGCCCCACAUGGAAAUUUCAAAGACUAAUUGAUUUUAUGUGUUCAAUUCCCAAAAUGAACGUUCAACUAUAAUCCUUAUAAGCUGAAUGAACAAGGAUAACCUGAAGCCUGAAGGAUUUAUGAUGAGAUAAAAAGAACAAAGAGGCAAUAAAUCCCUAGUCAGCAUUAGGGGAAAAAAGGAGACAAAAAAAAAUACAAAUAUGUGUGAUGCUGAUCUUUAGUAUAUUUUGGUCACAAAAACCUAAUAGUUUAAGUGAGCAUAAGAAAAUGAAACAAAAGAAAAUCUAGUAUAAAAAAGAUAUUGCACAGUCUCUUAGUGAUAUAACAGUAUCUAUUAUAUUAUUAAUACUGUUUAUAUCAUUUCAAAAUAACACCUUUGGAACAUGACGGUCGGAAUCGAUGAAGGGAAACUUGUUUAGGUUUUGUCACUAAUAUAAUCGACACAAGGAAUGUUCAGAUCAGAGACUUUACAAUAAGCAUUCUUGAAUCAUUUUCUAUCAGAAUUUGUAAAUGAAAAGUUAAAAAAAAGUUUUCGUUAGUGCCCAGCUUACAAAGAGGGUCAAAGAGGGGAAUUUAAACCACAUGAAUGCAGGAAGAUGAAUUUCAAAGGGAAAUGUUCAAAUAUUUUAAUCUCAGUGGUAUAUAAAUCUCAAUGUUAAGUAUCAUUAAUCAUUACAUUUUAGAAUUAGGUGUUCAGUUGAGUAUAAAACUCAAAUUACUACAGCCUUUCUUGCUUUAACAGGACCAUAUAUAGUCACGAGUAGUAAAAAAUAGUUCUGCAGGAGGGUGAACAGCAGCACACUGACUGGUCCAUGCAAAGUCCUUCUUCUCCCCAAUGUUCACAUUAUGCAUCGCGCAAAUUUGUUAAUAGGCUACAGCAUGUACUCACAAGAUGAUGUAAAUAGUAGCAUGUUUUAAAGAGGAACCAUAAUUAUAUUGUGUACGUGUGUUUGUGUUCUGUGUCAUUUUUGAUAAUAAAACGGAGUAAAAAAAGAGUAUGCACUGACUGCAAAGAGUAUGUAUUUUUGCUGAAUGGGACUGAAUGUAUGUCUGAAUAACCCAUGUUGGGGUUCACAGGCUCCCUUUAACGCCCGGGAUUGAAGCAGGGUUUGCUUUGUGAUCCGCUUUGUUUGCCAUAAUACUGCAUGAUUGUCUGGUUUUCUGUCACCGUUUGUCCUCUGUGCUACGAUAUGUUACGAUAUGCUUGGGCUACAAGUUAUGUAGUUAUUUGUCUGCUUGAACUUGAUAUACAGUAUGUGUUGGUCACCAACCAAUGGACUGUAUAUAUAUUUCAAAAAAGGAGAAUAUUUGCCGCCUCCUUGAUUUUCUAUCUCAGUGUACCGUAAGUGUUUCCUUCAUCUACUCCUGCCAGAUGGGUGUCAAGUCUUUUAAAGUGUAUUAAAAGCAGACACAUCGGGCGACUUAAUUGACUUGUAGCCCCUUUUUCAUUUCGUACUUCAUUAAACUGUACCUUCUCAUCUUAUUGCUUUUCAAAUAAACCUGCUAUCCUGUCUAAUUAUACUUUUUACCGUAUGAAAUGAGUCAGUAAUUUGCUUAUAAACUAAACGUAACUUUAUUUUUAAUGUCAUUGUAGAGUUUUUUUUUUUAUUACUAUUGCUUUGCUGGAUUAGUUCUGUGACAUAUUAUUGCUGCAGAGGAGCUCCAGUCAUGUAAUUAGGCAAUCAAUAAUCUUUUCAUUCCAAAUGUCACUUCAUGAGUGAACGCACAGUUUGACUGAUGGAUUGCGAUAGGAUGAGCUGGUUUGGUGUCACUGUCGCAUGCUCUGAGUUAUUGAUGCUGUGUGUUACCAUGGCAUUUCUAAUGUGGGGAUCUGUUUACCCCUUGUGCUUUUUUUUUUUGAGUCGCUGUCAUUUACUGGUCGAUAAAUCGUUAUUUACAACAUACAGUGCAUGAAGAUGAACAAUCAUAAUCUUCAUGACAGCCUGUCUCUAUGUUCGAUGGGCUGAGAGGAAUACACACCUCACACAUUCAAUAUGCUACACUAUUCUUUUCCACAAUGUGUCUCAGAUCAUCGUUUCCUGGGGUCAUUAAUUAUAAUCACUCUCAUCUACGUAUAUAAGAGCUGCCAUCUGAUUCUGUCUCCCACUUUCAUGUAUUUGCAAUAGGACCAAUAGAGGCCAUAUUUGUUUAUUGGUGUUCUGUUAAUGGACUAUAUGAGUCUGUCACUUUUCUGCAAUGCAGACAACAAAAUCCCCGUCUUCCUGGGUCUCACAGGCUAGCUAAGCACAGAGCAGACCCAAACAGAGCAGAACAUCAUUCGCAAUGCAAUACUGCCAACCUGCUGCUUCAAUAACGGUUCCUCUUUAGUCCUCUAAUGCAAACAUAGCCAUGAUACAGAACACCCAAAGACCUGAUCAUCCUCCAACCUUCUCCGUCAGGCAUUCACUAUCCGGGCAACGGAGACAAAGGGAAAUGCUUGGACGUCUCUCUUGACUCUUGUUUUUGUCUUGUUGUAGAGGUGUGUCAAUAGUUGUGCCUUUAUGUGAUCUGCAUGAUUUAUUUCCAUAAAAAAAAUCCAUGUUUUCCAGCAAAAAAAAAAAAAAAAAAAAGGGAACAAAAAGACCACAACACUUGUACUCAUAUGUCGCUCUAUGUAGAACUGAAUUACUCAAGGAAAUCCAAAAUAUGGG